CCAUGUCCUACCCGCAGGGCUACCUGUACCAAGCGCCCGGCUCGCUGGCGCUCUACUCGUGCCCCGCGUACGGCGCGUCCGCGCUGGCGGCCCCGCGCAGCGAGGAGCUGGCGCGCUCGGCGUCGGGCUCCGCGUUCAGCCCGUACCCCGGCUCGGCGGCCUUCACCGCGCAGGCGGCCACCGGCUUCGGCAGCCCGCUGCAGUACUCCGCGGACGCCGCCGCCGCGGCCGCCGCCGGCUUCCCGUCCUACAUGGGCUCGCCAUACGACACGCACACCACCGGAAUGACUGGCGCCAUUAGCUACCACCCAUAUGGCAGCGCGGCCUACCCGUACCAGCUCAAUGACCCCGCGUACCGCAAGAACGCCACGCGGGACGCCACCGCCACCCUGAAAGCCUGGCUCAACGAACACCGCAAGAACCCGUACCCCACCAAGGGAGAAAAGAUCAUGCUGGCCAUCAUCACCAAGAUGACCCUCACGCAGGUCUCCACCUGGUUCGCCAACGCGCGCAGGCGCCUCAAGAAGGAGAACAAGAUGACCUGGGCCCCGAGGAACAAAAGCGAGGACGAGGACGAGGACGAAGGAGACGCUUCUAGGGGCAAGGAGGAGAGUCCGGACAAAGCUCAGGACGGCACGGAGACCUCUGCAGAGGACGAAGGGAUCAGUCUGCACGUUGACUCACUCACGGACCACUCGUGCUCGGCGGAGUCAGAUGGGGAGAAAAUGCCUUGCCGCGCCGGGGAUCCCUUGUGCGAAUCGGGCUCGGAGUGUAAGGACAAGUUUGAGGACCUGGAGGAGGAGGACGAGGAGGAGGAGGAAGACGAGUGCGAGCGGGACCUGGCGCAACCCAAGCCCGUGACUUCCUCGCCCCUCACGGGCCUGGAGGCUCCGCUGCUGAGCCCGGCGCCCGAAAACGCGCCUCGCGGUGGCAGCGGUGGCAAGGUGCCCCUAGGCAGCCGGACGUCGCCUGGAGCGCCGCCGCCCGCCAGCAAGCCCAAGCUGUGGUCGCUGGCCGAGAUAGCCACGUCGGACCUCAAGCAACCAAGCUUGGGCCCGGGGUGUGGGCCUCCGGGGCUGCCCGCUGCCGCCGCGCCUGCCUCCUCCGGGGCCCCUCCGGGAGGCUCGCCCUACUCCGCCUCGCCGCUGCUGGGCCGCCACCUCUACUACACGUCGCCUUUCUAUGGCAACUACACAAACUACGGGAACUUGAACGCGGCGCUGCAAGGCCAGGGCCUCCUGCGGUACAACGCCGCGGCCUCCGCACCAGGCGAGACGCUGCACGCCGCGCCCAAGGCGGCCAGCGACGCGGGCAAGGCGGGCUCGCACCCGCUCGAGUCCCACUACAGGCCUCCCGGCGGCGGCUACGAGCCCAAAAAAGAUGCCAGUGAGGGCUGUGCGGUUGUUGGAGCAGGCGUCCAGCCCUACCUAUAGGAGGGCCAAGCUCAGCAGUGCAAGUAGGUGUCACAAUUGCUUUGGGAAAAAAAAAGUCAGGAGGCCAUUCUUCCUUCCCAGGCGCAUA